AUGAAAGUUGCUUCAAUCCUUUCAUUCUUUGAGAAAGAAGAGAUACCCAAAGGCAAGAUAUACUCAAGCAACAACGUUAUGGUUAUUUUUCACGAUGAAGAGCCUUUAAUGACAUAUUACACACAAAAUGUCAAAAAUACGAUUACUUUAGAAUCUCUUGAUAUCGAUAUGAAUAUAUGCAAGAUCAUUGCAGUUGAUAUGCAUAACGAAGGCAGACUAUUUAUGCUUGUUUCUAAAAAAUCAACUCCAAUUGCCUAUUUUAUUUCGAUCAAUAGCGAUGAUUCUACACAUUUACCAAAAAUAAUACAGUUAUGUUGUUCAUCAGUGUCAUUUCAUAAGAAAAUUCUGAGUGUUUUUAUCCCACAGCCAAAUAUUUUUUGUAUUAUUUCAAGAGAAGGCAUCAGUAUUCAUACAAUAACACUGCAAACAAUCUAUUCGAAAAUGAUACAGAUAAGAAAAUGCGUUUAUAUCAAAAAUUAUAUCAUGUACGCUUCAAAUAAAGGAGUUUCAUUAAUAAAGAUCAACGAUGACGGAACAAUAUCAGAGUUUCUUAAGUCCGGAACUACCCAGUUGUUUAUUCCAUUCACUCUCCUUAUCCAUCCUGACUUUUUAACCUUAGUUCAGUACGAUACCAACAAUAACAUUGUUUUUCAAAGGAUUUCGCAUGAUGGAAAUAUUCUUCCAAGUGUUUCUAUACCUAAUUUCUUCAAUAACGGUCAAAAUCCAGACCAAUACAACUAUCAAAUGUUUGAUGACGCUGUUUUAGUAUCGGAUGACAAAUUCAAUGCUGUCUACUUGGAUAUUUCUACAUCAAAGGUCGUUUUCUUGUCGAAACAGUUCAAAUUAGAAGAAAAUUUACAAAAAAUUAUUUUUAAUAAAUUCGGAUACAGUCAAACGCACAAAUUUAAGAUCCAUAUCAACUUCGACAGCAUCACAGACAUCGAUCCAGACCUUAUUGGCGCUGUUUUACGCCGUCAUAAGUCAUUAUCUAGAGCAUUGACACUUUUUUCACAAAGUUUGCAGCAAACGAAGACAGUUGAUGGUAUGAAGCUUCUUGUUAACGCCACAGCACCUUAUGCUAUUGAUUCUGUGGCUCAAGUUCGUUAUGUUCGAGCAAUUCAAUUUGCCAGCGUCGCAGAACCACACCUCAUACUUCUAGCAUUGAUAAACACAGUAAAUAACAUGGGAGAGAAGAUGAUUGAUGCCGCAAAGAACACAAUUUUCGAACUUUUGGCUCAUAUUGAGUGCAUUUUCACUAUGAAGACAUUGAUUGCAAUUUGGGGACUAAAACUUAAUGAAUAUGCAUUGCAGAUCAUUGCUCCUAAAAUUGGAGAAGAAAUUGACAUAAAUCCGGAAUAUGUCCAAGAUAUUCUUGUUUACGCUGACAUUUGCAUCGAAUCUGAUAAACCAGAUAUUGCAAAAAGACUUAUAUUAAGGUUUGUUCUUGAAGAAGAACAAAGUUCGAGAGAUGUCAACCAAAUUCGAAUGAAAUACAAAGAAAAGUUCGGCGAAGACCCGUUAUCUCCUUCUUAUUAA